AUGGCGUUCCUCUCACAGUUCAUCAACGUGACAUCCACGUCUCCCGAAGAGAGCUCGCUGUGGAUCUACUUGGUGGAUUGGAUUUUAGCUUUGAUUCUCAGCUUGACGUUUGUCUUCUACUUCAACCGGUUUGUGGGCUAUAUCAUUUCUUCUUUGUUGAAGUUACUCUUUUGGAAAUCCUUAGGGCUACGAAUCAACGUUGAGUCUAUAAAGAUUUCCCCCUUGGGCGGACGUAUCUUCGCCAAAAAUGUCACUAUCAUUUCACAAGACAUGGCGAUAUCGGUGCUAAAUCUCACGCUAACAUGGCGAUAUUGGCUUUUCAAGUUAACAAAACUAUCGAACUACUACUUCGAUGAGGGUUUUCCGGAUUCUACGACUAGUCGCAGAGUUUCACGGCUGGAAAAUGAAGAGCUACCGUGUAGACUCUUUUUGAUGGUAGAUGGCUUGGAAGUGUUCAUGUAUAACAGAACCUUUGCAUACGACAAUAUCAUGGACAUGUUGAGAGGCGAAGAGAAGGAUAGGAAAGAAAGUACCAGUGACGAAAAUAGCAAAAAUACAGCUUCUACCAUGUCAGCAGACUCUGGCUCUACCACUAAUAACCUCAAGUAUAGAGGAAAUACCAGAACUGCAACAGUUCCAGAAGCUUCGACAUCGGACUGGUCGCAGAAUGAAAAAUCUCAAACUCAACAGCCACCACAAUACAGAACUAAACUGGCUGAAACCACCCUAUUUUUCUUGCUUGGCAUGCUUCCUUUGAAAGUCAGAGUAAAAAAAGGAGCCGUAGUUCUUGGAAAUGUCACCACUCCCUCCAUUCUCGUAGUUUCGUACAAAUCAGCCAACGGCAUUCUCGACAUUUCGAAAUCUCCUAAUCCUCUAGAUAAGUGGAGGUUUUUGCACGAUCUCAACUUUGAGAACUUCCAGCUCUGGUUGAAGCCCAACAUUGGCUACGAGAAACAUCGAUACGUUUCGCCAGACGAUCUUCGACACGAGACCAAAAGCACAAAGAAUAUGAACCACUAUAAACGAUACAAGUACUGGUACAAGUUUGAACGGGCAGCAUCAGUCGUUCAGAAAGCAUUUCAUAAACUAAAGAGAAGGAAGAAGGGGCCAGAUUUAGACGAAGACUAUGGUACGUCUCAAUGGCGUGGCCUCAGACGUUAUGUAGGUGAAGACGACCGUAGAAUGUAUGCCAUGUUGAACAUGGAAGAAGAGUAUGCCAAAGUCAGUUUGAUCUUGGAUUCUCAAAACACAAGAAUUGUCUACUACUACGACACACCCGGUGCGAUACCGUUGGGGCCAGUUCCGUAUAAGAAUUCUGGACUACAUCCGGAACAUGGAGUGGAACUUGAAGUCACACAGGGAACUAUCCACUAUGGAGCCUGGGCUGAUAGGCAACGUGUGCCGCUCCAGGGGAUGUUUUUCCCAGCCAUCGCUAAGGAUGCUGUAGAAACACAAUUGCCUACAUCUCCAGGCGAAGCUCGACAAUAUGCUGGUUUCAAACUAGCCAUUGUCGUCAAAGAUGAAGUCAUCUUUAGAGUACCCACAAGAGAAUUGAGCAAGGACAAGGCUCUUUUACGUAAAACUGCAUCUGGAGCAACACCUAAAACCUCUCGUUCCUUUGGCUGGAUUGAAGUUAAAAUGGGUGCAGGCUCGACUAUCUCCAGUUUCACAUCAUAUAUAGCUUCGAAGAAAGAGGGCUGGCCCAAUACUUUGAAUGUGCUUUUUAACGAACCUGAAUUGCGUACAUCUGUGAACCACGAUGUGUUGUAUGCAGCCGACUCACACGAAAUCAACGCCAGAAUCGGAUUUCCCUUACAGUGGAAUGGCAGGUGCAACUGGAAGUUCGAUAUGGUAAGUGAGAAUGCCAGGAUAUUCUUUCUCAGAGAACACACCAUGUUGUUUUCAGAUUUGUUCUCUGAUUUUGCAUCAGGAGAACCCACACCGUACGAGAGCUUUAGAGUGUUUGUCUACAAUAUUGGCUGGGAGCUUCAUGAUUACAAACUCUACUUGAAUGUGAACGACGCCAAUAUCAUCAACAACCCUCUUGACUUCAACAACAACAAGUACCUUUCGUUUCAAGGGGAAAAGUUGAAUGUAGAUCUCAAUAUUCCUCUUCUUGGUAAAUUCUCAAGAUCAACAGAGAUCGGCUUCAAGAUUUGCACUUCGUAUUUUGACUUGGUGCUCGAUACUCCUCCCUGGCAUACUGCCAAUGCGUUUAUGAAAGACUCCAAGUUAAUGGGGAAGGCAAACAACUUUACCGUAGAUGGCUCAUAUACAUUCUUCAAUACUGUAGAAGUCAAUACUUCGGACUAUAUCGAAAUAAGAUGCAUAGGAGAUUAUAUCAGUGUUAAGUUCUAUGGUUUUGUCAUCAAAUACUUAUUCUUAAUCCGUGAGAAUUACUUUGGUGAAACUAUCCAUUUCAAGACUUUUGAAGAAUAUACUAACGAAGAACAAGCGGACACUGAUGGAACUUCUACUUUGACGACAAACAAUGAAGCUAAGACAAGCGCCUCCCAGGAAUUUGAUUACUGGAAAAUUUUGAAAACUGAUAACGAUAUCGAUAUCUUUUUCACUUUCCAAGUGAGGCAUGGGUUGGUGAUUUUGCCUUACAACCUUUAUUCGUGUACUUCACACUUUGGGUUGUCCUUUGAUUCGUUGGAUGUUGAUAUCAGAUUUUCCAACUACUACAUGGAUCUUGAGUGUGACGUAAGUCCCAUAAACACAGUAUUCGUAAGAGAGUGCAAGGCUACUGAAACUGACAUCCUCUUCAAUAUACCCAAGUAUCGCGAAAUGUAUCUUUCUUCAAAGACGCCUGAUAUCCAGUUUGAUGGACUUACCAUUCAUGCUCACAGAAUGUUCGGCCCACCACCAGAAGAGAUCACUUACUACUGUAAAUGGGACUUUGCUAUCUCUGACAUCUUAUUCGAUAGCGGCAUGCUCUCUUUGGCUGCUGUAGUGACUUGUGUUCGUAACUUCAUCUUUUGUUACAAGGAUAUCGAGAAUGCUAUGCAAGUUGAGAUUCCUUUGCUCUGGGAUGCUACUCAUCUUUCGUUCAGAUGCCCUCAUAUGGAAUUUAAGAUCACUCCAGAAAAGAGUUCACAAGAUACUCUGGUCGCAUGCCCCUAUAUCAUGGUGACUUUGGACUCGUUUAUUUUCAACUUCAACGAUAAUUGCAACAAAAGAUACAACAAAUUGAUAGAAGCUUCGUUGCCUAGUAUCGAUGUAAAAAUCAUAGAGCCCAGCAAUUCUUCAGACGGCCAGGAUCUUAUUCUAGGAUAUCUCAAGACAUCUCUUGUCUUCAGUGACAUAUGCCAGAAACCUGAUAUGGUAGAAAGAACGAGGUUGCAACAGCAUCACAUCAAGUUCAACGAUGCACCUUUCCAUAGAUCUCCCUUUCUCAUUUUUCCAGAAGGUAGAGAUGUGGAAUAUAAUGAUCCUUAUGGGUGUCUUGUCUCGACACUAACGCUUCCAGACGUCUCCCAUCCACUUUCUGCUUCUUUUCCAGGUGACCUUGACGAGGAAGAGUUCAAUAACUAUGUUUAUGAUUCAGAGCUGUCUUCAAAUGUAACCUUGCAGUCUGAAGAAGACAACACUUACUUCAGUAAGAUGCCUCCGCGUCAGGAUUACGAUGACGCGGACUACAACCCAUCAUACAAGGUAGACCCUCUUUAUGAUUACGAUAACAUUGUAUUAGAGUUAGGCGAAGUUCAAUCAUUUUUCACCCCCAAGUCUCUUACGUGCAUUGCAAGAGUAGCCAGCUCCAGUUCAGAUCAUUCAGUUGAUGUUCUCAUGGACGAUUUUCAUAUCCAAAUUGUGAAGCAUCUCAAAGUGUUGCUAACCUCGUUUCACACUGUGGUCAAUUUGCGGCUUAUAAGUCCUGAUAUUUCAAUUCAGUUUGGACGUUUUGACACAACAGAUACGGAACUGAUUCUCUGCAAAUCGCACAACAUACCUAUCGCACAUUUCCAGCUUCUGGAACUAUCAUUGGCAUUGAAUAUUAAGAAACUGAAGACUCAGAUAGGCUCUUUAGAUGAUCUUGAUAAGGAAGUUUCAUUUGCUUUUCAUUUGAAGGAGCUUCUUUUGACAAUUUCAAAUCCGUCUGAAUUCGAAAUCCCGUUACUAUUCAACAUUAAAGAAGUCGAAUUCUGGUCCCUGACACAUGAUGAUUCGAUAGUCUCAGCAAGUGUAGACACAAUCAAUCUUGAAGUAAAUGAUGAUCAAGUAGAGUGGAUCAUUGAUUUUGCUGAAUCCAUGCGAACCGAAAUUGAAACUGCCAUGGAUGAAUUUGAAAAGAAUUCAUUUUCGGAACAUGAUGCUUUUGCAGAAUUAGCUUACAAACUUACUCUUGCCUCGAUAGAUUACCAAAUUGAUCAUGAUCCUGGAGUUUUAACGAAACCAGCUUAUAUCUUGAGAUCAAGAAAAGAGCAUAUAAGAUUCAUUGAAGGAUGGCAGAUAACAGCAAGAUUGCGUCAUGUUCUCAAUUAUUUGCCUUGUGAAUGGUUCGAAACAGAAGGGAAUAAUAUUGGUUCAAGAGAUUGGAAACUUCCCGAGAGUGCUUACGAUGAAGUGAGUAUGAUAUUUUCUCGCUGGAGAAGUUGGGAGGCCAACAAUGAGCAGAGAACCAACUUCUUCAACAAGGUCUUCUUGGCCGAUAGUUCCAGCGACACGAAUCCUGUUGGAUUAACAACUUCCGUGUCAGAAGCCAAUUUCAAGAUAAAGAAAUCUAGGUCUGAAUUUGAUUAUAUAUCUGCCCAAGAGAUCGGUGCUAUUUUAAGAUUCAGAGAAAAUUUGUCACUUGGUGAUCUUGUUCCUAGUUUGUCAACCGUAGAUCCAGUGCUAGGAUUAGAAGGAGUAUUCAAUAUGUCGGGGUAUAAGAGUAAAAUCUCUGAUAUCUCUAUGAAUUACUUAAAGAGGAUUCUCGCACAAAUUAAGGUUAUUGAAGCGAACAAUAACGAAGAACUGCAGUCGGAUGAGAAGCCAAAGAAGUUUGACACACGCCCAAGUUUCAAGCUUUCAAUUAUUACCAAUGUUAAUAACUUUCAUCAACAUGUGAUUUUACCUUCAACAACGUUUGAGAUUGUUGGUGCUAGUAUCAAUAGCUCGGUAGAUUUAGCACUACUCCAAGAAUUCCCAGAUAGUAUCUUUCUCUCUGCACUGAAUGGAUCUGAUUUCUACGAGUUGAAUACUUGGAGUGGAGAAUCAAGGUUAGUUUCAUUGCGAUCUUCUAACUAUUUCGUCUUGUUUUCAAAUGUCGGUGAAGUGAUAGAGGGAAUAAAAAAUUGUAAAUUGUCAUUGGGAAAAUUUACGUUUAGAAUUCUUGACGAGAAUGAUAUUCUCUUACAUGCUAUCGACAACUUCCUUAAUGUGGAUCUCAAGUAUCUUCAAGGAUUAUCUAAUGAGAGUGAUAACUUCAAAAAAGUUAAUUCAACACCGAGGACAGAAUACAACAUGGGAUUAUUGGAGCAGAUUGGUGAUAUUUCACUUAAUAUCAACGUGGGAGAAUUUGUCUGGUUAUUUGAGCUUCUUAAACCUUUGAAUUUUGGAGGAAUAAUUUUAGAUAACAACUUUUCAUUGUCCAAGGUCGGCAGCACAAUCACCAUGGAUUCGUUGAUUGGGAAAAUCAACAUGAAUGCUAGCUUGGAUACGAUCCAAUUGCUUGAAUUACAAAAUUCUCAGAUUUUGACCAAGUUGAAAUUCUCAAAAGUAGUUGACCUUUACAUUUGCUCCAUUUCAUCUGGAGUUGGUUACACGAAAUUGUUCUCACCUCAAUUAUUUCGGACAAUUGAAAAGUUGGCGGAAAAGUCACCAGAUUUGAUGCAGAGAGUCAACCAAUUGCAGGAAUAUCUUAAAUUUGAGAACAAAGACAGAAGAGGAAACGCCCUCGAGAAGAUAGAAAAGAAGGAACCUUUAGAGAAAGAUCGUUUGAACAUUUUGGACAAGAUUGCGUUCAAAGUUAAGUUCACAAACGAUUAUAUUGGUGUAUCGUCUUUUGUUGAAAACACCAAGUAUUCACUAGAAGUUGAGAAUACAUCAAUCAGAGUUUCUGAUGUUCUUGGUGUAUUUAUGGAAGAUGAUUUUGGUAUCUCUCAUAAGGUGGUACCAAUCUAUGGCGAUUUGAUUAUUCCUACAGCAAGAAUCUAUAUCUUGGAUAGAACUGUUCCCGUUGGAUUGUCAAACAUCAUGGAUGUCAACUUUGCUGUGAAGUUGUUCAAUGACCAUGAUAGUGUACAAAGGAAAGGGAGAAACUUUCAACUCGAAUCUCAAUACUGUCGUAUCUGUUUGGGUCCAUCAACUCUCUUCAAGAUUGUUGAUUUGACCGAUAUGCUAAAGCUGUCUGGUACCCGGUUGGUUAAUGCAAUUUCCAAAUGCCGACCUAGUGAAUCUGUACCCAAUAAAACUGAGUCAUCAUCCGGUUCAAAUGGUAUUCAAUUUUCCGGGAUUCAGAUUUUAUCUUACAAUUUCUGUUUAGGUUGGAUUUUCAACAACAAACUGAACGAAUAUCCAGGUAUCAUUUUGGGAGCCGAGAGAUUUUUCGCUAUUACCGAAAAUGGCUUGGGAAAGUUCACAUUGAUGGAUGCGUUUCUAUCUGUCGCAAACGGUUCCCGUUCAUCUAAUUUCUACAGCAAGCAAUCAGAACGAACCAACUUGAAUAGAGCCUUCUUGCCCAGAAUGCAAUUGACUUUCACUACACAGAAGAGGGACGAAAAGAAGACGAUGGAGAUCUUGAUUCAAGGUGAUGAGUUAGAUGUCAAGUUUUUGUCUACUUCAAUCGUUAUGACAGAAUAUGCUGUCAGCUCUGGUAACGAGGUACUGAAAUACUUCAAUGCUCGAGCUGAAAGAAUUGCUGAACUUACCAAGCAAUCACAAGAGAAUUCGUCUUCGAGAAGUGAUAAUGAUGAAGCAAAGGAGUAUAUCAAUACGCUUAAGUCGGCUUUUGAUUCUAUUGAAGUAGUUGCUAAGUUUGCUGGGUCUACAGUCCUAUUUCAUCGUCUUGAUAAUGACGAACACGGCAAUACCCCUUCGCUAUUCUUGCAUUCUCCAGCAGUCAAGAUCGCAUUCAAGUACGACCACCAUAAGUUUGAGAAGAAGAAACAUGUCAUCAAAGGCGAAGUUCUCACUUCUUCCUCUAGCAAUACAUUAUAUGCUUUCUGUGUUCCAGUUGUAGUGGACAUUGUUACUGGUAUCAAGCGUAUGAUGAGAAGAGCUAACAUUGGCGAUUCAAACCGAGAAAAGGGAAAGCGCAUAGAAACGGUACCAGCUUCAAAGGGCUCGAUGGAAUUUGCAAGUUUGUUAGGAGAAAUGGAUAUUCAUUUUGGUCUUAGAAUCGAGAAGCAGGAAUUGACUCUUAGUUGUGAGCCCACAGCAAAGGUGGCUGCUAUCGUUGGUUUAGAUGGUAUUUUUAUUCAAUUGAAUUCUGGUGACAAGGUUAUUCCCAGCUUGAUGUUGGCUGUUCUCUUUGAUUCUGUGUCUGCUUCGUUGCAACAUAUUUAUUCCAGAGAAAUAAGCGGAUCUGUUUCCAUCAAGAAGGUCUUGUUGAGCAGUGCUUUUGAAUUCAACGAAAUACCCAGUGUGUUAUCUUCUGGCUGUAUUGUGGACGUUGAUGCAUAUGUCAAUGUUAAGCAGUAUCAGGACUUGGAGCUAUUCAAGGAUAUCUGGUUCCCAUCUCAUUAUGUCGAGUUGUAUUCUAGUUUUGUUGCUUCUACCGAAGAACAACACAAAGAGGUCAAACAACAUAGAUCUGAACUUGCUUCUAAUAAGAAUCUUUCGACCAGAUUCAAAGAAGUCUCUACCUCAUACGCUAUGCCUUGGAUAGUCACAUUCUUUGUCACAAAUUUCUGUGUUCAGGUGGAUUUUGGUCCUUCGUUGUGCAACAGUAAAUUGAAGUUUGAUCGAUUCUGGGCCGUCUCCAAAAAGUCAACCGAUUGGAGUCAAGACUUGAAGGCAGGUAUCAAUUGUAUUUCAUUGGAAGCAGAAGGUAGAUUGGGUGGCCAUUUCAGCAUUUCGCAGAUGAAUAUCCAUACUGCCAUCAGCUGGAAGUUGGAAUCAGGAGCAACUUUGGAUGUGCCUCUUAUUCUAAUCUCAGCAGGAACGGAAAAGCUUCAACUCAAGCUUUCGUUUGACUAUCACGUCUUCGCAAUUGCCAACAUUGAAGAUUUUUCUGUGGAUGUAUUCAACCAGAAGAGUGAAAUCAGUAUUUCAAAAGACCAUUUGUCUGUUGCUACCAAAUUCAACACAGCAGAAGUAUACAUUACUUCUUUGACUGCUUCUAAUUGUUUGGAUAUCUAUAACACAAUUUCGAGAAUGAUUCAGGAAAACAGAAGAUCAUACAAGGAAACACUAGUCGAUUCGUCUAGAGAACGUAAUGUCAAGGACAAGAGAACGGCCGAAGUGGUUUCCGAUGCAAUUUUGGAAACCGUCAAAAAACUCGAAACAAAAAUCGAAGUGAUUGCAGGUCAUUUAUUGAUUCACGUGUAUCCUACUUCUUUUGAUGAUCUGAAGGUGUUGGUUGUAAAGUUGGAUGAAUCCAAGGCCAAUUUCCAGCAGAACGAGUAUUCGAGUGGUAUAUCCAACGAAUUGGAAAUAAAGUUCAACGAUCUAGUGGUAUCCUUGUCCAUUACUUCUCCAGUAUCAGAAUCGUUUAUAGCACAAUGCUCCGUAGACGAAUUUGUGGAUUACGCUUAUAAGGCAAGAGGCGGUACUAUUUUCAUUUUCCCAUCGUUCAAGAUCUCCAUGAGAACUUUCCAAAAAUAUGACGAACUUCUCAUUGAAUAUUUAUACCAGUCAUCGUUUGACGGUACAGUGGACAUUAGAUGGAAUUUGGGAUCGGUCAACUUCAUACGGGAGAUGUUCGCUAUCCACAAGAAGGCUUUGGAGUCCCGUAUGGAAUACAAGAAGCAUGCGACUGAAGGAUUUAGAGAAGAUAUCUUUGCGACUCAGGGCACCAAGACAUCUUCGUUGUUACAGGAAGACGACGAAUCGGAAGAUCCCACUGAUGCUAUCAAAGAAGCAAUUAAUGAGUCGAUUGAUAAAGUUUCUCAGGGUUCCAAAUAUAUCUAUUCACCAUUGGCACCCCCAAUUAUCGAGGCCCCACAAUUGAAAGAACUAGGCAAUGCCACACCACCGCUAGAAUGGUUUGGUUUGAAUAGAGAUAAGUUCCCCAAUGUCACUCACCAGCUAGGAAUAGUGACAUUACAGAAGCUAAUUCACGAGGUCGAACUGAGAUACUCCAAGGUCCUCGGAAAGGCAUAG